AUGUCAGAUAAACCAGUCAAUAUGGGUCUACAAUUAUUUCCACCUCCACCAUCAAAAAAGAAACCUUGGAGAAGUGACAGCGAUGAGCGCAAUAUUUCCACAUCCGUGCCCAAUCCCGAUCCAGCUCAUCGAUCGCAGUCGCUCGAUAUGUUCGUCGAUGGACGCCAGUCCCCAUUUGGUAGUCGCCAAACUCCACAAGAUAGCAGGGCAGCGCUCAUGAACGUGCCCCCUCCAGCCGUGCUUGCAUCGGGCCGUCCGAGAUCUCACACUUCUUUUUCGGAAGCACCUACACUUGUGAGAAGCAACAGUAACUCAUCCAAAUCUAGUCAGCACCAUCACCGAGAGGAGCCAGUAAUGAGAUCCAUUUUCCCAAGAUAUAACCCCGAAGUCCCAUUGGAAUACCAGCAGUAUUAUCCGACACAACAAAGUCCACGACACAUUCCACAAAACGCGAUAAGUAGACAGCCAUACUCUCCAGGAAUCAACGAGGUGAGCCCCGGGUUGGGCAGUCCGAUGUCGUUAGGCCCACAAUCUCCGGGAUUGGUUGGACGAGGACUUCAAGACGAGACAUGGCCAGAACCAUCGAGCUCCGCCGACUUGAAGGAGUUGUGGAAAGUGAGCAAUGGAUGGAAAGCAUCAGCGUCUGAGGGUCAAAAGUUCAUCAUGAAAAUGAACAGUGCAGUAGAAGAGCCUAUACACACUCUUUCUUCCGCUACUCAGCCGUUUUAUACACUACGUCUCGAUCCCACUUCAACUUCAGCUCAGGUAACAAUGACAAGGCAAAACCCAGCCAAGCCUCCGAAAAAAUCACAAUCCCCAAGGACUGGUGUAUUUCCGAAGGGCGAUUCUCAGAUGGAAGUGUUGAUCACGACUCUUGAGGAAUAUCCGCGGCGAUUACCACCAAACGAUGGUCUCGUAGCUCUCCUUUAUCCUCAUGCAGCCUCAAGUAUGGCAGUCGAUCUGGCUGGACGUUCAAAUGUUGCAGACAGUGCUUUAGUGUUGGCAGCAGCCGAGCGCGAAUGCGGGCGAUUGUUGUGGGACGAUGAUGCAAAGAAAUUCUAUCUCAGGCACCCUGCAGUCAACACUCCAUUUCUCAUAGCGAUAAAUUCAUCGCCGGCCUGGUCCAGAGUCGAAUACACGCUUGAGCAUCCAGAACUACCACAUAACCUUGUGCGUUUGGUGAGAGAUGGUAGUGGAACAGGAUUUUUAGAAAUCGAUACAGGGGUAGCGGCUAGAAUAGACGCGUUCUAUAUCGUGGAUGUAGCAAUUGCCGCUAUUAUGCUGGCUGCAAUGGAUGAGGAAAAGAGGAUGCAUAUUGAGAGGUUCGAGGCACCUCCGGCCGCACCAGUAGAACCUGAUACACCAAGAUCAAAAAGGAAAUCCUUCUUGCGAGGGGAUCAAAUGGAUAUGGAUAUAGAGAGUCAAAAGAGUCCAAAUUUUAAGAUGGUCCCCACCAAGGAAAAUGAUAAAAACAAAGAAAAGGUGCCAGGGUUCUGUGGAUUGCUCUGGAUGAUGGUGAAAGCCAUUGCUUGGAUCGUGAAAAUGACAUUGAAAGCAAUAGCAGCUAUUAUAAUUGGGCUCAGCAAAUGUUUGACCAAGAAGAAAUGA